AUGAGUCUCCUCAAUAAACCCAAGAGUGAGAUGACCCGAGAGGAGCUGCAGAAGCGGGAGGAGGAGGAAUUCAACACAGGCCCCCUCUCGGUGCUCCGGCAGUCAGUCAAGAACAACACCGAAGUGCUCAUUAACUGUGGCAACAACAAGAAGCUCCUGGGGCGGGUGAAGGCCUUUGACAGGCACUGCAACAUGGUGCUGGAGAAUGUGAAGGAGAUGUGGACUGAGGUCCCCAAGAGAGGCAAGGGCAAGAAGAAGUCCAAGCCUGUCAACAAGGACUGCUACAUCUCCAAGAUGUUCCUGCAUGGGAACUCAGUCAUCGUGGUGCUACGGAACCCGUUCAUUGCUGGCAAGUAG